GCCGCUCGCGACGCCGACAGUGGCGAUGAACGACGGAGGAGGCCGAUCUGUGGUUGUGAACGACGGAGGAGGCCGAUCGCGAAGCCGCGACGCCGACAGUGGCGAUGAUCGACGUCGUGAACAGGGCCAGAGAAAGAGAGAGUAGAGGGGGUAGAGAGAGAGAGACGGAAGACAAUUGGAUGAGGGUUUGGUAUGGUUACUAUGUGUGUCUAUAUAUAUAUCUAGGGGUAAAUUAGUAAUUUUAAUUCGGGAAAAAAUCGGGCCGGGGAACGGGAAACGGGGAUGGGGCCGGGCCGAGCCGGGUACGGGGUUCGGAUACUUAUCCUCGUCCCCGAUCCGAAUCUGUUCAGGGAUUGAUUUUUAAAUACUAUCUCCAACCCAUUAGAAGUAUUUUUCAAAAAAAAUCCACACAAUUCAAGAUAGGGGGUCGAGUACCCAUCGAGCCACUUUCAAAUUGCGAUCUCUAAGGUCUAAAUCAUUGUUGUAUUUUGAUUCAUAGUUUUCUUUUCCAAGCAAGCACUAAAAAACAGAGACUUCAAGAUUAGACGGAGUGGUGAAGGCAUGCCUUGUCGGCCAUUAGAGCUUCAAUGAAGAGCUCUCACCACUCCUUUGGAUACACCUCAACUCUGAAGAUUUUCCCAUCAGUGUCAUUCAAGACCAACCAACCCAAAUUUAAAUAAAAAAAAAAAAAAAAAAACCCAAAAUUCACAACGUGGGUUUGUGUUCUCUCUUGCUUCCUUUCCCGGAGAACUUUCCACACAUAAAAUAAUCCCCAAAACUCUCUGAUUCAUUGCAUUUCAUUAAACUCUUUUUUGGGUUCCCAAUGCUUGUCCCUUAAAAAAACGUUUGCCUUAUUUUUCUUGGAAAAUCGUGCAUGUAGAUUGCAAGAUCCCCACCAAUCUUGGAAAAAGUUGGGACUAUUUGUUUUUUGUUCUACUCCAAUUCCUGAACUCCAUGGUUUUUGCUGUGUCAUCAUCUCAAGGAAUCACUUGAACAAUUGUGGUCUUUGCUGCUUUGGUUCUCUCUUCUCUGAUUGGUGAUGGACUUAGAGAGUUGUUGAAUUAUCAGAUUAUGCUGUUAAUAUGAUACACUAGAGAGUAUAUAAUGUCUGAUUCUAGGAGAUGUUUGGUUGUGAGGCUUUCCGGAAUUUUAGUUAUUGUGGUUCUGCUGGUUUAUGCUUCAGAAGGGUUGAAUUCGGAUGGGCUGCACCUUUUGGAAUUCAAGAAAACCAUCCAUGAUGAAUUUAAUUAUUUGGGAAACUGGAACCCUAGUGAUCAAACACCAUGUGGAUGGAUUGGUGUAAAUUGCACAUGGAAUUAUUAUAACCCGGUUGUGGACUCUCUUGAUUUGAAUUCAAUGAACCUUUCUGGGAUGCUAAGCGCAAGUAUUUGCAGUUUGGUUAGUCUUACCAUACUUGAUGUUUCUAACAAUAGCUUCGCUGGAAAUAUUCCCAAGGAGAUUGGAAAUUGCUCAAGGUUGGAAAGUCUUUAUUUGAAUAAUAAUCAGUUUGUUGGGCAAAUUCCUUCUGAGUUGGGCAAUUUAUCUUCUUUAGCAGAGUUGAAUUUGUGCAACAACAUGCUUUCUGGUCCUAUUCCGGAGGAUCUUGGAAAUCUUUCUUCACUGAUUCAGUUUGUGGCAUACACUAACAACAUCACUGGUCCAUUGCCUCGUUCUCUGGGGAAUCUCAAGAACCUGAGAAUAUUUCGAGUUGGGCAGAAUGGGAUUUCUGGAAGCAUACCCUCAGAGAUAGGUGGUUGUGUGGGCUUGGAAUAUUUUGGUCUUGCCCAAAAUGGUUUAGGAGGGAAUAUACCGAAAGAGUUUGGGAUGCUUGGGAACUUGACAGAACUGAUUCUUUGGGGUAAUCAGUUUUCUGGUUUCAUACCGAAGGAGUUCGGAAAUUGUAUGAAUCUCAUGACUCUUGCUUUGUACCAAAACAAUCUAGUGGGUGAAACUUCUGAGAUUGGGAACAUCACGUUCCUGAGGAAAUUAUACCUGUACAGCAAUCGGUUGAAUGGAACAAUACCAAGGGAAAUUGGUAAUCUUUCUUUAGCAACAGAAAUUGAUUUCUCAGAGAACUACUUAAUUGGAGAGAUUCCGAAAGAGUUCAAUCAAAUAAAGGGUCUGUGCUUACUUUACCUUUUUCAAAACCAGCUUACGGGUGUUAUACCAAAUGAGCUUAGUAGCUUGAGGAACUUGACAAAGCUUGAUCUAUCUAUUAAUUACCUCAAUGGUCCUAUUCCUAUUGGAUUUCAAUACUUUACAGAAAUGAUCCAGUUACAGCUCUUUCAAAACUUUUUGAGUGGUAGCAUUCCUCAAGGACUUGGACUUUACAGCCAACUUUGGGUGGUUGACUUUUCAGACAACAACCUAAUCGGAAAAAUACCUCCUCAUAUUUGCUGGCAUUCUAGUUUAUUCUUGCUGAAUCUUGGGUCUAAUAAACUCUAUGGAAACAUUCCAUCUGGUGUCACCAAUUGCAAAUCUUUGGGGCAACUUGGUCUGGAUGGAAACAACCUAACUGGGGGUUUUCCAUCUGAGGUGUGCAACUUGGUGAACCUUUCGGCUCUUGAAUUGGGCCAAAACAAGUUUGGUGGUCCCAUUCCUCCGGAUAUUGGAAAUUGCACACAAUUGCAAAGGCUUGAUUUGUCGAACAAUUACUUUGCAUCCAAGUUGCCGAGGGAGAUAGGAAAUCUGUCCCAAUUGGUGAUUUUUAACGUUUCGUCCAAUUUCCUCACUGGACAAAUACCGCCCGAAAUUCUUAACUGCAAGAUGCUUCAACGACUUGAUCUUAGCUGGAACAGCUUUGUUGAUUCUAUACCAGAUGGUCUCGGAACCCUUUCCCAGCUUGAGCUUCUCAUGCUUUCUGAUAAUAAGUUCUCUGGAAAUAUACCCACAGCAUUGGGCAAUCUCUCUCGUUUGACUGAAUUGCAAAUGGGCGGCAACUUGUUUUCUGGUGAAAUACCUCUGGAGUUGGGCGCUCUUACUGGCCUGCAGAUUGCUCUGAAUCUUAGUCAUAAUGAUCUCUCUGGGAAAAUACCACCGCAGCUUGGGAAUCUCAUUUUACUAGAAUUCCUCUUGCUGAAUAACAAUCAUUUGAGUGGUGAAAUACCAAGUACUUUUGGCAAUCUGUCAAGUUUAUUGGGCUGUAAUUUCUCGUACAAUGACCUUUCUGGACCCUUGCCUACCGUAGCAUUGUUUCAGAAUAUGGCCAUGAACAGCUUCAUCGGAAACAAGGGGCUUUGUGGUGGUCCUUUUGGUGAUUGCAAUGUGAAUUCCUCUUUUAAUUCAAUUCCAAUUUCGAAGGAUUCAAGUAGUCCUUGGGCUAAAAUCAUCGCCAUAAUUGCAGCUGCUGUUGGUGGAGUUUCUCUCAUUUUAAUUGUAGUUAUUUUAUAUUUGAUGAGGCGUCCAGUCGAGGUGGUUGCUUCCUUGCAUGAUGAUGAGAUAUCAUCUUCUUCACUUUCGGAUAUCUAUUUUCCUCCCAAGGAGGGGUUCACUUUCCAAGAUCUGGUCGAUGCCACAAACAAUUUUCAUGACAGUUAUGUUGUUGGGAGAGGAGCUGUUGGGACGGUUUUCAAGGCAGUUAUGCAUUCUGGGCAAACAGUUGCUGUCAAGAAGCUCAUGUCUAACAGAGAGGGAAGCAACAACAUUGAGAACAGUUUUCGAGCUGAGAUUUUAACUUUGGGAAAGAUUAGGCAUCGUAACAUUGUAAAGCUCUAUGGUUUUUGCUAUCACCGGGGUUCAAAUUUGCUUAUUUAUGAAUACAUGGCAAGUGGUAGCUUGGGUGAAUUGCUUCAUGGAGCAUCUUGUAGCUUGGAAUGGCCAACACGUUUUAUGAUUGCACUUGGGGCUUCUCAGGGACUUGCUUAUUUACAUCACGACUGCAAACCAAAGAUCAUUCACCGUGAUAUAAAGUCCAAUAAUAUUCUUCUUGAUGAGAACUUCGAAGCCCAUGUCGGUGAUUUUGGUUUGGCUAAGAUCAUUGACAUGCCUCAAUCCAUGUCCAUGUCUGCUGUUGCAGGAUCAUAUGGCUACAUAGCCCCUGAAUAUGCAUACACAAUGAAGGUUACCGAAAAAUGUGAUAUAUAUAGCUAUGGAGUUGUUCUCUUGGAGUUGCUAACUGGGAAAAGCCCUGUACAGCCAUUAGAUCAAGGAGGUGAUCUUGUAACAUGGGUGAGGAAUUAUAUUCGGGAAAAUUCAUUGACGUCCAGGAUACUAGACAGCCGAUUAAAUGUGAAGGAUGAAAGUACAAUCAAUCACAUGAUUACUGUGUUAAAAAUUGCUUUGUUGUGCACAAAUAUGACACCGUCUGAUCGGCCAUCAAUGCGUGAAGUUGUGCUGAUGCUGAUUGAGUCUAAUGAGCGAGAAGGGAACUUUGUUUCCUCUCCAGCUUAUGAUGAUGCUUCUUCUUGACGGUAUGUUAGGACUGAUUAUAUUCCUUGUAUCAUUCUCCAUCACAAAAUCAUGUACAUUUUUUUUUUUUUUUCAGAGGAAAAUAUCAUUAUACUCAGAUUUUAAAAUAUGAGUUGAAGGUAACUAAUGUUACUCUCAAAACUUAUUUCCAUUUUUUUUUUUUCCAUUUUCAAAUGUAAUCGGAAUACCAUGUGCCAUUUACAGCAGUACUAUUAGCUGCAGCUUAAAGGCCCUGCUGUGAAUUGAAUUGCUUGAAAAUAUUUUCCAGUGUUGUUAGAUAUUAAAUCAUUCUAGAUCCUCA